UCUUUAAAAUUCAGGGGUUUCAAUUCAGGGAUCACAGACGGACAUUGUGUUCGUGGUGACUAUUUCCUGUUUGGGAGAGACCAACAUAUUCUGAUCUCAGAUCUCACCAGAAACUUUCAUUCUUUCUGGUGUUUCCUCCCAGUCUCUCUCCUGUUGUCCUUUAGUCUCUGUAAGUUUUACGAAGCAGUUGCAUGUGAUUGAAAGGACUUUGUGUGAAUUUGCUCCCCUACAGUCAAAUUCAUUGGCUUUGUGUGCAAAUUCACUCUAUGUUCCGUCUGAACACAGUAAAGCUGCAUUGAUCUCUUCCACACAUUUCCAUAUGAGGGCUUGUCUGUUAUUUGUUGAAGCACUUCUAUGGUUUGACCCCAGUAUUCAGAAUUUCCCACAAAAUACAGUAACGUGUCCACUGACAACACCUCGCUCCCUUAAGCACACUGUCUUAUUGUUCACACAGCUGCUCCGCUCAGCGGCGUUUUGGGUUCUAUCCUCGAGUAGAUAUUAGUCACAUGAACCAACAAUAGGCUUGUUUGUUUUUCACAGACUAUUCGUUUGGUUGUCUGUGUAUUCGGAGAACAUGUCUGUCCUGACUGAUGGAGCACAGGUGUCUCUUCUAGGCAGCUCAUCUCUGACUGUGGUACAAAACCGGUGUAUUAGAGACUGGAAGAGAAUCCAACAAUACUUUUUUCCCUUUCAUUAGCUUCCUCAUCUAUAAGAAGCACUUUAAAAUUCGACUUAAUCGCCUUUUUGAAAAGCGAGUUAUUUUCUGAUCACGUGUCUACUGUUUCCACGCUGUAGGCCAGCUGUCCCUGAAGACAAGUCCUCCACGUGCAUCAUAUUCAUUUGGUUUAUUUGGUCUUCUUAGCUGUGGUUUAUGGUGCUGCGGUUGCUCAGGGUUUCAAUUUUAAAUUUUAGCCACCUGCGCUAUGUUGAGAAACUGUCAGACAGCAUCUCAAAGAGCUACGUUAGCUCUGUAAUGCAGGCUUCAAGUUGAAUGGACUGCUUUUGGAUAGCGCAGUUGUCUUCAUUAGCUUUCAUUAGCUUUCUUUACACUGAAGCUUCAGACUUGUUUGGCCGGUUUAUUUUUAGUUUUUAAUUGGUUUUAAUGUCGGUGCUGGAAAGUAUCCAAAUGCAUGUCUGAAGUGUUACAUUUGACUUCCUCUAACCCCAAAUAUUGAAUGUAUUAGAUGGAUAUUUAAUUGUAUUAAUUUAAAGUGUAGUUGACUUUAACAUUAUAUAACUCAUUUAAACGGUGAAGCUGUUGUUUGAAGGUGAAAUGAAUGAGCAACUAGCUUUUGAUGCAAUAACACCUUUUAGCAGAGCUCAUCACUACCAUGGACAAUAAAGACCAGUAAGCAUUAUAAACCAACGUUAUGACUCGUGAUUACAUACCAGCUGAAGGCUCAGACUUUAUAGAGGUCAACAAUAUCAGGAACUAACUGAGAACAGUGUCAGUGGUAGCUCCUGAUACCAGGAGCACAAUGCCCUGAGCAACAACACUCCCAUCAGUGACAUUUACGUUCUUCAGCUAUUUUUAGAACGGCGCAUGCUGGAAAGAAACGACCUCUCUCAGUUCUUAGAAACAUAAUGGAAAGGACACGACUGAAUGUUUAUUAAACCACAAUGGAUCUUUGGAAGAAGGGUAAUUUACAAUAAACAUGUAAACCAUUCGGAUAGCGAGUAGCAACGCUACACGCAGUGUUGCUACUAGUUUAACUACAUUACCCAGGAGUGUAUGGCACCAUAGAUAUUUACAAAGUCAUGGAGCUGUCUACAUGUAGCCAUUCUCAUAAUCUUGCAACUAGCUACAUUUCCAGGAGCUAGCUGUAGAGUGCUGCAGGGAUGACGUGUUUUUGUAGUUAGCACGGAAGUUAGCAUCACACUGGUUCCCUUUAUAAAAAGCCAAUGGGAUUUUUCCUUUGGAUUAUUGCAGAAUAUAAACUCUAUGGCAAACAAGCAACUUUGAUAUUUACAUGCUUUGAGAUAAUCUUCAGAAAAUAAACACCACUUUUAUGUUUUUUCAAAGUGUGAAUGCAACCGACAGGAGUAAAAAGCUAAUGAAAAUGCAAGAAUACUGACUCAUUUCUGUGUUUUUAGGACUCAUUUCUGCAGCACUCUAUUUUGUCCAUUAUUUGUUUGUUUUUGUGAAUCACUUUAGUGUAGUAAGCUACUUUUUCUGAAUUCAAUGUUUCAACUGAUAAGCUUCCUACUUUCAACAAAAGUGUCAUUUUGCUGUAGCUUGGCUCCUUCCAAUGACGAUUAGCUUGUAGCUCCACUAGCUACUGUAAAGUAGCUUCCCCAGCACUUGAAAGCAUCUUGAAAUCGUCUCAAGCUAAUGUUAUUCAAAAACUAAAUAAUGAAUUGACAUAGAGCAUAAAACAGCCAAAAUACAAUGAAAAUAUCCAAGUAUAAAUGUUGUACGAGCUAAAGCAUAAAUUACUCAUAGAUUUCUUUGUAAACAUGCGAUUGAUGAGAUUCCUACUACUCGCUCUCUUAGUGUGGCAGAAACGUGCCACGUGCAUGUAGUGUUCGUGCUGCUCAGCGAGCUGAAAUUCAAAAUGUCAAGGUCUUUGAGAGCACUUUGUUAGAUAGCCUGCUGGUGACUGAACACUCGCAUAAUUUCCCACUGCCAUUCAAAAAGCCAUUGGAGGACGUGUCUCAGGGCCAAUUAAAGAGCACAGCAUCCACCUCCUGGUGAAGCACAGCAAAGAACAUGAUGGCAGCCUGUAAUUAGAGCCUGCCUGUCCUUGUGCUUCCAUUUACCCUCUGCUCUUUGUGCUGCUGAAGCCUGGUUGAAAGGCCUGUUAACGUGCUGUUCCUACAGUUUACAUAUCAGUCCUUUUUAAAUAUGUCACACGCUGGCUUUAACUCGCUUAUGUACACUUGACAUGCUGUCUGACUCAUGCACACAGCCACAUGUGCUUUAUAUCUGUAGUCCAUCUCAUCUGUGGUUGUAACCUUAUAUUAACCCUCAGGGAUCCCAUAACAAUGCCAGGUUUUUAAGCUUUUGUCUUGACUCUGUGUGUGUGUGUGUGUGUGUGUGUGUGUGUGUGUGUGUGUGUGUGUGUGUGUAAUGCUUUAUUUGCCAUGGUUAUUGUUCAGCUGCUACGAGACACACUGUGCUAUCUCCACCAGCAACACUUCCCCUUUGAGAACACUGUAAAUCAAGUUUAACAUUCUAAUUGACACCACUUCAGUCUGGGGAUCUCAAUAUAUCUGGAGGCCUCGGUACAAUGUCUGGUCACUGCUGAAGAAAGUAAUUGUUCUGUUACCUGCUGAGCCUCUGCUCUAAAUCACACUGUGUUGCAGCCCGGGCAUGUCUGAGUUACUGCCCCUGGGAGGGGGGACAAUAUUCCCAGCAGGGUUUUUCAUUUUAAUAUUAAGUAAUUUAAACCGCUUUUAGACAUGAAUAAAUGAGGGAUCUUGAUAGCAAUACUGAAGCUCCUGAUAGCUAAUAUUUUUUGCUGAUAUAUUAACUAUUUUGAUGGCAUGAAGGGUUUUAUGUGUUCUAGUUUUUUCUUGUUCUGGUCAAGAUGGAAACGUUUCUGAAGCAGCAAUUAGACCAUUGUGGUCAUUGUGAUGACAAUAAUUGAACAAUGAAAUCUGAUCAACAUCUAGAAUAGAAGUCUGGAUCAAUUUUGCUGUAAAUCAAGCAAAUGUCAUCUCUAUACCAGAGGUCAUAUUUACCAUGUACAGAUGGGUGAGACAUGAAAGGGAAAACCAGCAUCUCAGUGAGGCUUUGGCAUAGACUGCGGUUUGGUGACUGUUGUGGUCGUAGCAUAUGAAUUCCUUUGUAUGAAAGCAUCUGCUAUUAUGUUUUCCAUUAAUUUAUCUGGGUCUUACUGCUGGGAAGUGCUGAAAAAAAUGUGAUAUUACAUUAAAUAAUUUAGAGCAUAAAGUCCUUGCUGGUUUUUCCAUUAGUAUAUCCAGCAUCAAAAGUGAACUGCAGUCAAUGAGCCGUGACCUUUUAAAGGCUUGCUGCUGAUGACACGCUCAAGUCUGCAGAGCCCUGGAGCUCCACCCCCACUGCUCCAUGAAGCGCUGUCCGCUUGUUCAUUCAAAGUUUAUUAAUACUGAACGUGUCGUGUGUCCAAAUUGCACCAAAUUUGACAGAUCACUCCACGGGGUCCUCGGCAAUACACCCACCAAGUGUGAAGUAAAUCAGAUUAGCAGUUCUCGAGAUAUGCCAAGGACACACAGACAGGCGAACCCUGAAUGGAUGUGGUGGAUAUGGAUAUGAUCGCUAUCAAUGUUGGCUGGCCUGGCUCAGGUUAAAUCCUUUGUAAAACAUGAACAAAUGAAUACAGUGAAUGAAUGCCAUAGAACUUAUCUUUUAUUAUCUAGUUUGGCAAUGUUUUACACUGGGAAAUCUGUCAAACUAAUGACAUUUUGCUAGUUCUGGCUAACGCUACACUUCUCCCUAGCGCCUGCCCGAUCGGCACUGGGCGUGUGCAACAGAAGCGAGAUGCCUUGCUCGUUGGGUACUUCCGUCAUCGAUUCCGGAUGCAGCAAUCCGGAGCUGAUGAUGGACGCAACGAGUGAGGCGUCUCACUUCUUUCUAAUCUCUGUUGACAGUUGAUCAUGUGCAGCAGGCAGCCUCCCUUGUAGCCUAAAUAAGCUAAUACAUGAUAUGAUAACAUGAUAUUGGAUUAGGAGCAUAGAUCACUGAUACCCAAUCCAGCAUUUUAUAUCGCUGUUUAGCAGGCAUUUCUGAUACUGUUAUGGGAACAACUCUACUGAUGGCAGAGGCUGCCAUACAAAGUGCUAAACUGCUCAAACCUGAUCUAAUCAUCUGCACACUCAAACUAUGACAUAGGACUGGGGGAUCGAACCUCUUAUCUUCCAUUAGUGGAUGAACCACUAUAUCUCCUGAGCCCUGUGAACCCUGUAACUGUUUAUGGAUAGAAUAACUAAACAUAACUGGGGUUGACAUCACAGAAUACUGAGACCAGUUCUGAAUACUUAUGAGUAAAUAAAAACAUGUACAUCUCCUACAAAACAAUUUAUUUCCGUGAUGUGAGGCAACCAUUAGUGUUAACCAUCCAAUAAGGCAGAAACGUGAGGACACAUCCUCCCAGAGCACAAGCUUUGUAACUCUGUUGUAUCAGCACCUUGGAGGAUGAGCGUCUGGAACCCGGUCUUUUACUCUGGGUUUGAUUAGAGCGGCUGCCAGGACACGGUAGAGCGCAGAGCUCCUCUUGGUGAAGCGAUGGUGACUAACAACACACGACGGUGCUGAUUUGCUGACAUACACACGCAGCAGCAUCAGCAGCAAUAGAUCUGAUGCAGAGCCGCUCAUUGUAGCGUCACAGCUCAGAGAGAGAGGAAGACGGGGGUAUCAUGCUGCUGCUGCAUCGUUUCCAAUGCGGGGUGUGUCCCUCCGUUGGCAGCUUAACUGUCCCUCUGCCCUCAUUUUUGAUCUCCUCCUCCUGGGUGUCUCGUUGCCAGGAGUGAGCCACCCCCCUCCCCUCUCCAGGAGCAGCAAUGAUGCUGGGCUAAGGUUUUUGUAAAAGGAACCCCCACCGGAGGACUGUCCGUCUGUAAGGAACAGCAGCGUUCAUGGAAUAUGAAACAAAGAGUGGCAGAGCUGGACCUGGCAACCCGACGUCUCCCAGGCACGGUGUGAGGAAAAACCUGGACUUUGAGCCACUCUCCACCACCGCACUCAUACUGGAGGACAGACCUGCGAAUCUGCCUGCCAAGCCAGCCGAGGAGGCUCAGAAACACAGACAGCAGUAUGAAGAGAUGGUGGCCCAGGCCAAGAAGAGAGAGUUGAAGGAGGCUCAGAAGAGAAAGAAGCAGCUGGAGGAUCGCUGUAAGCUGGAGGAGAGCAUCGGCACCGCCGCCCAGAUCUGGAACCAGGAGAUCUUGCCUAACUGGAGUACAAUGUGCACAUCUCGCCGAGUGAGAGACCUCUGGUGGCAGGGCCUCCCCCCCAGCGUAAGAGGCAAAGUGUGGAGCCUGGCCGUGGGCAACGAGCUCAACAUCACACACGAGCUGUACAGCAUCUGUCUGGCCCGGGCCAAAGAGAAGUGGAGGAGCACGCCGGCACAUUCCUUAGAGACCGAACCUGAAGAUCCUGGUUCGUCAGAUCGGGAGUCGAGUCUGGAGCUGAUCAAGCUGGACAUCUCAAGAACCUUCCCCCAUCUGUGUAUCUUCCAGCAGGGCGGGCCAUAUCAUGAUGUGCUGCACAGCAUUCUGGGAGCAUACACUUGUUACCGGCCAGACGUUGGCUACGUGCAGGGGAUGUCGUUCAUCGCAGCAGUGCUGAUCCUGAACCUUGACACAGCUGACGCCUUUAUAGCUUUUGCCAACCUGCUCAACAAGCCCUGUCAGAUGGCCUUCUUCAGAGUCGACCACAGCCUUAUGUUGACUUACUUUGCGGCAUUUGAAGUGUUCUUUGAAGAAAACCUACCAAAGCUCUUUGCACAUUUCCAGAAAAACAGCUUGACGCCCGAUAUUUAUUUAAUCGACUGGAUCUUCACGCUGUACAGCAAGUCCCUGCCGUUGGACCUGGCGUGUCGGGUGUGGGACGUGUUCUGCAGAGACAACGAGGAGUUCCUGUUCCGCACGGGGCUGGGCCUGCUGCGUCUCUACCAGGACGUCCUGACCACCAUGGACUUCAUCCACAUGGCUCAGUUCCUCACCCGCCUGCCCGACCCCAUCCCCGCCGAGCAGCUCUUCCAGCACAUUGCCGCCAUUCACAUGACUAGCCGCAACAGGAAGUGGGCGCAGGUCCUGCAGACGUUACAGAAAGAUCCGGAGCGAGGCAGCCCGGUGCUGAGGCGCUGAGCCGUCACACGUUACUGGACUCAACCAGUCCUCCCCUCCAGCCCUCGAUGGGGGGAAACUGGACCCUCAACAGGCCGCAUGGACCCUGAGAAAGACCUUUUAAGCUCAGCGGAACGUAUCCGGUUGUAGCCGCUGUGAUAAACCUCUUCCCCUAGAGCCGCAUCACUGCUCCAACUGGAACCAGGACUCUAGAGGGGGGGUUUAUCAGUGACGAUGAGGGUGGGGUGUGGAAAGGAAUACGAGGCCUUAUUUAUCUCCCACCGCCCCUCCUCUGCUGAGAGGCAGCAGAGGCUAUAGAAUGUAUCACACACUCCCACAUUCAGCAGGUCUGCUCAGCCCAGAGGAAACCACAGAGAUACCACUCUUAGAUCUGAAGUCAACACUCUUUCUAGCUACAGUUCCACUUGUCUCUUCUUUAAAUGUGGCUAUUUCUGUGACAAAAACAAAAGUCCAUAUGUGACUCUCCAAUCUCGAUAAGUUCCGGUCAGGGAAAGUGAGAGUAAAGUCUUCAAAUGAGUCUCAGACAGUGUUGAAUUGUGUGAAGUGGAACUCCAGCUGGUGUCUUGUGUCUCAAUCUUUGUUUCUGCACUUUCUUUUUUUCCCACUCAAAACUUAAGUCAUUCCUUCAGUUUGAUUUUGUCCUCGGUGUGCUUUUCAUUUGUGCGUUUCUUCAUUUGGUACAGAUUUUUGUUUCCCGAUCCAUUCCAUGAAGUCAACUCUUGGCUCUUUGAGCUAAAGAACCAUGAAAUGCACAUAACUCGGUGUCUCUGAGAGCGCCGCGCGGUUACAUUUGUUUUUAAGAGGUCAUGAGCUGCUAGUAAAAUGACUUUUAUGGUUUAUUUAUGUCGAUGAAACUGGAGUAAAGUAAAGCGUCGGACACGGACUUCCCUAAAUGUUAGAGGUACAUUUCAGUCUGUUGGUGUGAUGUUUUUAAAAUGUAUUUAUUUAAUAUUUAUCAAAAGGACACAAGUGAAGGGUUGUUGCUGAGCCUGUCUUGAUGAUGACAAUAGUAGUCGACAUGCACUGUAGGCGCUCUGAUCCGAGGGCCUCGACACUGCAACUUGACAAUCGGCCGUAGGGAGCUGCUCUCCUGUCUGUAUCUGUGGCCGAGCGUUACCUCCAGUUUAUGUUGCGUGUCUGUUUUAUUUUUUACAGAAUCAGUCCGACUGGUUGUUCCGCCUCGCAAAUAGCAGAUUUUUCCCUUUUUAGCAGCUUUUCUCUUCACGUUUUUGCUGCCUCUAACUCGAGCACAGGAGACGGUUCCACAGGUGUAAGCGGGUGGCUAGUCCGUCUGUUUGGAUAACAGAUUGUUACUUCCUGUCAUGUAGACCAUAAUGUGUGUGUCCCUGCCGCUGCGUUCACACACCGUGGUUAAUGUGUCACUUCUUCCUGACCAGCAGUGGGCGGGGCCAGUAUCGACAUCACUGUUGCUUGAGGUUUUAUCACCAGCAUUGUUUUGAUGAGUUAACACAAGCUAGACAGUUUGUUCUUCUUGAUAAUCAGCUAAGAACAAGUGAAGAGCUAUCUUACUGUUGAUUACGAUGGCCCAUUGUAGGUAAAGGAAAGAAAAAUAAAUUACUGAGCCGGGAGAGGAGGUGGGGGGGUGAUAAUCGGGAAAAAAAAACACAUUUCUAAGAUUAAAUAUGUAAAUUUAUGGGGAAAACACUGAUAUUGACUGAGUUUAAAGUGGUUAAUCUACAAGAAAAAAAUGGCUUCAAAUUAGGUCAAUGUCUCUUCAUGAGUCAGGAUGCUUUUGAUCAUGUGGUGAUUCUGGGCUAAAAGCAGGAGUAUUUCCUCCUUGCUAAAUUCAAUGGCAAAGUAUAAUUUCAUUUGGUCAUUUACUUCAGGCAUAAUAUGAGACGAGCGCCAGAGUCUGAUUCCUUGACACAGGAAAAAAAGUUUGUUGAACCCAUAGGGGAAUGUUAAAUAUCCUUUUUGUUUGUGAGUUGCCCAUUUUGCACAAACCUGUUCAUGAGAUAAAGGUUGAGAAGUGCAGUGACUGUCCUGUUAUUGGCUGUGAAGCUGCUUCAUCUGAUGUGCUGCUGAUCUUGUGUAGGGAGGACUUUACUUCCCCUUGUGUCCUGUGCCAUCAGUGAUGCAUAGACCUCUGCUGUCCCCACUGAGAUGACGACAAACGUGCUUAAGGGCCUGGACCACAGAUGAAGUACACCACGUGUUCUGGGUUUAAAAACAAAACGAUACAGGAAGCGCCUUGAAUCAUCAGCUUGUUUGGGUCAUGCCUGCUAACAGAUAGUGUUUGCAUCAGCUCAGCAGCACAGAACACUUUCUGAUUGCACCACACACACACAGUCCCCCAGUGUGGUGACAAACCGCAGGACUGCAAUAAGCUUUUUGCACAUACACGUAAGCCUUUGAGUUGUGCCUCGCAUCAUCACUUCAUGUUACCACUUGCAGGUUUAAACGGGUUGUCCGCUUUUCAUCCUUUUAAUUUUAGUGUUCUUUUUGUGCUUAAGUAGUGACGUUGAGGUGUGUGUGUGUGUGUUUUAAGUGGCGUUUGCAGAAUGAGAGCCGUUAGUUGUUGCAUUAAAGGCUGGGCCUCCCAGCUCUACCAACACUACCUACUUCAUCACAAAAACACAAUGCUGUAUGAUCCACUCUGGCCAGAAACCAAGUUCAAUCCAAUUUGAAUAAAAUGUGUAAUAUGCUGAUAUUUAUUGGCUUCUGUUUUGCAUUACUUUUUUUUUUUUCCCCCACAAGAGACGUGUUGUUCUGUCGAGGACUAAUGGAGACAGCAGAAUUACCAUGCAACUUAAUCUCACUUGAACUGUAUAUGAACAGUGGUUUUAUUAAAAUAAAGAGAUGUACAUAUUCAA